AUGGCAAACACCCUGUCCGAUCUAACCACCACUAUAGCAACCGCUCUAUCGAACCUCCCACCACCAGACCAGAUCCAAGAUGCUGAACGCAUGCAGCUUUUGGGAGUACUCGGCCAGCUGCACGACACGCUGGAACCUCCAUUGUUGUCUAUACAGCGUCUGUGCCUUUCACACUAUGGUAUCGUCGUGAUCCGGAUCGCACAAGGGAUGGGGGUUUUUGACGCAUUUGCUGAAUCGGGCGGUGCUGAAAUGACUGCGCAGGAGCUUUCGUCGAAGACUAAGGGAGAUGAUGCAUUAUUGGAGCGUGUUCUGCGUUUCCUCUGCGCUCACCGGCUUUGUAAAGAAACUGCCCCGGCGACUUACAAGCCUUUGCCGCAGGCGAUGAUGUUUGCGGGUGUCUCUGUGCCUGCGAGUAUGAUUAGACAUUUCCAUGCAUGCAUGCAAGCAUCUGUGAAGCUCUUUGAUUUUCUGGAGAAGAACGAGUACAAAGCCCCCGAAGACGCAUAUGAUUCGCCCUGGCAGUUCGCGUACAACACAAACGAUCACUUCUGGGACUGGCUGCAGAAGAAUCCAGAUAAUCAGCAGGCCUUCAAUUCCGUUAUGACGGGAGCCCAAGAGCACCGCGGCGAGGACUGGUUCGAGAUAUACCCAGUGAUGGAAAAAUUAGACGUUUCCCAAUCUCCAGACCGAGUCCUGCUCGUCGAUAUUGGUGGCGGCGUUGGGCAAGGCCUUAUAGCGUUUAAGAAGCGGUUUUCUGAGUUACCAGGGGAUCUAGUCCUUCAGGAUCUGCCGCAGGUGAUUGACGACAUUCAAAACCCGCUUCCGGAUGGCAUUUCUGCAACGAAGCACAACUUUUUCGACCCGCAGCCGGUCCGUGGCGCGAUGGCAUACUAUAUGCGGACGGUUUUGCAUGACUGGCCGGAUAAGCAAGCGUUGAUUGCCCUUUCUCAUAUCCGUGAGGCUAUGAGUGAGGACUCGGUCCUGUUUAUCCACGAGCAUACGACCCCGGCCGGUGCCAAUGUGCCGCGACUGGCCGCGACGCUGGAUUUUCAUAUGAUGGAAAUUUUCUCCUCGCUUGAGCGGACAGAGACCCAAUGGGUGGCUCUUCUCGAGAAGGCUGGGUUCAAGGUUGUGAAGGUUUAUAAUUAUAAGAGCCAACCAGACACCAUCCCCAGCGCCCUGUUUGAGGCGACUUUGUGA